UGUUUAUUCGGUAAUUAGAUACAAAUACUUCCGAAAAUUUUACAUUCAUUCCUUUAGAUUAAUGAAUUAUAAAUGAGUAUAUACAGAAUGUUUCAAAUACAAAUAACGAUUCAGGUUGAUUGUAUAAACGUUUCUUUUGGAUAUUAAAUUUUUUUUUUAAACUUCAUAUAUUACCCCCCACCCUCCUUGUUAUACUCUUCUUUUUUUAUUGAUAUGUAGUACAUAGCGUAUUCAAAAGUGGUAAAGAUGAAGUAAAAGAUUUUUCUUAUAAAGACGUUUUCCAAAUAUUUUUUUCCCUCAAUUCCAAACUACUUUUAUCAAUAAACAAAUAGUUUUAUUAAAUUUGUUUUAAUGUAUAAUAAAUUACUUAAAGCCGCGAUUAUUUCCGAUAAUAGUAUUACCACCCUAAUCGUCUUCAAUAGGACAAAAUGCGACAUUUUGUUUUCGAAAAUUUGUUAUUAUUAUUAUACGUCGUGAAUUCAAUAAAAUCUUAUAAAAUUUUGGGGGUGGUGCCUGCACUGCCUUACAGUCAAUUUACAUUGGGGCUCCGUUUGAUGAAGGCUUUGGCCGAUAAAGGUCAUCAAGUAACUUUCGUUAAUAGUUAUCCGCAAAAAGUGCCCCUUAAAAAUAUCAGGGAUGUAUCUACGGAGGAUAUCAAAAAAGUCUUGGAAGGUAAAACAUUCUGUUUUUUUCUUAGGAAACCCCAAAAACUACUUCACAUUAAUUUUUUUUAUUUUAUUAUUUUACGAAAUAAUUUUGAAUUUUCAACAUUUUUAGAUUAUACUUCGAAUGUAGUUGAUUUUUCUGGACUCUCCUAUUGGAAACAACUGAAUUGGGUGACUGAAUUAGGAAUAAAAAAAUCCACGUUAACUUUCAAAAAUAAAAACGUUCAAAAUUUAUUAAAAUCUAACGAAACUUUCGAUCUCGUCAUUAGUACUAAUUUAUUUAGCGACUCUUUCGCUUAUUUCGCUUACAAAUUCAAAUGCCCUUCAAUAAUCCUGAUUCCUGGUUCGACUAAUUUAUUCAGUAACUAUUUAGUGGCGAAUCCUUCCCCGCCUUCGUACGUUACUAAUUUAUUAGCCGAUUACGGGGCUGAUAUGAAUUUUUGGCAAAGAUUUUCAAACAUAAUUCGCGAAUUAGUCGGAGAAAUAUUCAUCCACAAUAUCUUGAUUCCAAAACAGAACCAAGUUCUUAAAGAAUUGUUCCCGGACGCUCCCGAAUUAACCUCGAUUUUGUACGACGCCAGUUUGAUUCUAGCAGCGUCCCAUUCCAGUUUCUACGAUCCGAUACCUUUGCAGCAAAACGUUAAAGAAAUCGGCGGAUACCACGUCCAACCACCCAAACCCUUACCUAAGGAUUUACAAGAAUUUAUGGAUAAUUCACCAGAAGGUGUCGUCAUUUUUUCCAUGGGAUCGAAUCUUAAAAGCGCAGAUUUCCAUCCGGAAAAAAGGAGAGCCAUUUUGAACGCGUUUUCUAAAAUAAAACAAAAAGUUUUGUGGAAAUUUGAAGCGGAUUUGACGGAUAAACCGAAAAAUGUAAAAAUUUCGAAUUGGUUACCGCAAUCGGAUAUUUUAGCCCAUCGAAACGUGUUAGGUUUCAUUUCGCACGGUGGACUACUGGGUACCACCGAAGCAGUAUACCACGGAGUACCCAUAUUGGGAUUACCAAUAUUUUGGGAUCAAAUUAAAAACGUCGACGUGGCGGUUUUCAAAGGAUUCGCCGUCAAAUUGGAUUUCCACAAUCUCGAUGAAAAAUCAUUCGGUGACGCUUUGAACGAAAUUUUAAAUAAUCCAACUUAUAGGGAGGCGGCAAAAGAACGUUCAUCUAUAAUGCACGAUCAGCCGAUCAAACAAAUUGACGAAGCGGUUUUUUGGUGUGAAUACGUUAUCAGACACAAGGGGGCGCAGCAUCUACGAUCGCCGGCUUUAAAUCUCCGAUGGUAUCAGUCGUACUACAUCGAUAUAAUCAUUUUCAUCAGUGUAGUUUUAAUAACUCUAUUGUUA